AUGUUGGUCGGCGGGACGGCGACGGUGCAGCCGGUUGGCCAGCGCGCAGGGCUGCUCUUCCUCGUUCGGUGUGGGCUGGUCUGCUCGGGUGGUCAUGGAGUAUGGGAGCCCGCACACCAGGAGAGAACCCGUCGUAGCAGUGCUGCCGCGUCCCUCCAGAAGCAGCGGUUUCCCGCCAGCAACAUGGCUGCUCUCCAUCCUGGACAACCAUCCCCCGCCUCCUCACUGCUACGCAUAACCGCCGCUCCUCGCAGCCAACAGUGCGCGCCGGUAGCGCUGCCAACCGGGCCGCUCAGGCGACGCACAAUCGCUGCGAAUGGGCGCGGAUAUCAGCGGGCUCGGGCCGCUCUCACCCGCGCAGAGUUUGUGGAGCUGGCUGGGAGGGAAUAUGUGUUUGCAGGAAUGGGAACUUGGAGCGGAUCACUUGGAGCGAAUAACUUAGGGAUGAUACCUUCGAGAUAA